AAAACAGCGUCGAAAAAUGGGAUGCUCUGAGUGGCUUGCACCCCCAUCUUACAGACUAUACUAAUAAGAUGACAAUAACCAGCGUCCGCCGCAGGCCCAAGCCCAAGACCAAAAGAAAAACCCCCGGCUCCCUCUCUCAUGGCCGCCCACCGACCGCCACCAGCAAACCCGCUGCGUCCCUCUCCGCCAAAGCAACACGCACCCUCAUCCACGCCCACCACCAGCUCCACAAAGCCCGUGCCCGCGCCCUCGCUGAGAACAACGAAGCGCUCGUGCACGACCUGGACAGGCAGAUCGCGGCACAUGGCGGGCUCGAGGGCUACCAGCUAGCCAGCAAGAAGGGCCAGUCGAAGGAGCGGGGCGGUGAUUCCAGCAAAGUGCUUGUGGACUGGUUGGCGCCUGUGUUUGAGAAGCUGCACCUGCAGCGGCGGAAACUGCAGAAGGAACAGGGCGGCGGUGAUAAAGAAGAGGGUUAUGAUGGAAACGGUGACUCAAAAGUCGAAAGGCGAGAGGAGAAACCACAACUAAAACCAAAACUACGACUACGACCGUGCGCGCAAAUACGGUUACUCGAAGUCGGCGCGCUGAGUACCUCCAACGCCUGCUCGCGCGUUGGCUUGCUGGAUGUCACGCGGAUUGACCUGCAUUCACAGGAGAAGGGCAUCCUGCAGCAGGAUUUCAUGGAGCGCCCAUUGCCCGCAUGCGAGGAGGAAAAGUUCCAUAUCAUCAGCCUAUCGCUGGUGUUGAACUAUGUCUCGGAUCCGGCGGGGAGGGGGGAGAUGCUACGGCGGACAACGGCGUUUUUGACACCGCCGCCGCCGCCGCUACUGCGGCCGUUUACCGGGACGGUAGGGGAUGCGGCAUCAGGAGACGUUUCGGAUACACAGCCUAGUAGCAGCACAUAUUUACCGUGUUUAUUUCUCGUCCUGCCCGCGGCGUGCGUGCUGAAUUCCCGGUAUUUUACCGAGGGACGGCUGCGGACUAUCAUGGCGAGCUUGGGGUAUAAGAUGGUGCAGAGGAAGGUGACGUCGAAGCUUAUAUAUUACCUUUGGGAAUAUAACGUUGCUAAUGCAACUACUACUGCUGCCGCUGCUGUUUUUAAGAAGGAGAUGCUGAACCCCGGUGGGAAUAGGAAUAAUUUUACUGUUACUCUAGGUUAGGUUCUUUAAGAUAUGGAAAGGGCACAUCGCCUCACAGCUAGCCACAAGCUUUCAAUUAUAGACGCUUGUGUAUACAAUCAAUAGUUUGCACAUAGACAAUUGACAGGAAGUUUGUUCCAUCUUGAUUGCUCAUAUGCCAUUCAUAACUCGUAUAACCUGAAGGGUUAGUCGAUCAUUCCAAUCAGGAAGACCGCCAUCAGAUAUUCCCCUAUAUCUCUCCACAAAAAAAAAAAAAAAAAAAAAAA